UAUGUCUGAUGCCUGGAGGCGCUUUUUCGUACUGACUUGUGACAUUUCAGUCACAUGACCAAAAUAACGAAUCGGUAUCUUUCUUUUUAGUCACGUGAUGUUUACUAACAUUGAAACUGCGAGCUCAACGGAUUGCGAGCAAACAAUGCGUGAGUGAUUCUUUAUACAGCGGAAAUAUUCAUUUUUUACAGAAUUAUAUAAAAUCUUUGAAAAAUUGUAUACGAAAAGGUAUUGGAAAACAUUUCAUUAUAAUGGAUAUGCAUGAUUUCUGUCGAAGGUUACCCAAAGUGGAACUUCAUGCACAUUUAAAUGGUUCAUUAAGUAUGAAUACUUUACAAAAAUUAUACAAAAUGCAUGGUUCUGACGUUGCUGGAUGUGAUCAAACUUUUAUGAAUACUAGUUUCUCAUCUCUAAGCGAAUGUUUUAAAGUAUUUGACAUAGCACAUGCGCUAACAAUUACACCACAGGCUGUAUUUGUAGCUACUUGUGACGAUAAAGAGUUUUAUGAGGAUAAUGUAAUAUAUUUAGAAUUGAGAAGCACACCUCGUGCUGUAAAGGAUUCAAUGACAAAGACAGAAUAUCUUGAAGCAAUAAUAAAGCUUUCGAGUGAAACGUCCAAAUUGCAAUUUCCACAAAUUCUUGUAAAAUUGUUGAUAUCAAUUAAUCGGAAACAAGGUUACGAAUCUGCAAAAGAAAAUAUUAACCUUGCGAUACAGUUUAUGAAGAGAUAUCCAGAACAUAUUGUGGGUAUCGAUCUUAGUGGUGAUCCUACUGUGGGCUAUUCUUUUUUAGAAUUAUUAGAAAUGUCUAGAAAAGCAGGGCUUAAGAUCACAGCUCAUUGUGCAGAGGUACCAAAUGAAGUGGAAACAGUUGAUAUAUUAAAAUUUAAGCCCAAUCGAUUGGGACAUUGCACUUGCAUUCAUCCUAAUUUGCAAGGUUCUAAGCAAUUGUUUGAUAUGUUACUGGAAUCCAAAAUUCCUGUUGAGUUAUGCUUGACCUCAAACAUUAAAUGUAAAACAGUACCAUCCUAUGUGGCUCAUCAAUUCAAAUAUUUAUACGAAAUGAGACAUCCUAUAACAAUUGGGACCGAUGACAAAGGUGUUUUCAAUACAUGUUUGUCUGAGGAAUUGCUGUUAUUGAAUUCUGUUUUUAAUAUCGGAAAAAAACAGCUUAAGGAAUUGUCUAUAUUAUCUGUACAAUAUAGUUUUGCAAGUGCAGAAGAAAAAAAAAGUUUAUCGUCGAUAAUCGAGAGUUUUCAUACUUAAUAUAUUUUUUUAUUUUACCAAUAUUUGAUUUUGGCUAACAAUUAAUCCUUUAUUUUAUUAUUUUCGCACGCAUAAGUGCGUAUAUU